AUGAAUUUCUUUCCGCCGCCUCCAGUCAUCAGAGCAGAGCUCUUUGUGAGAAUACCAGACUCUAUUAGGUGCAUUGGACAGGACACCGAGUGGCGUGGUGGUUUUACUCGACCAUUCCAGGAUAUCUUCCUGGAGGGCCCCAUCGCGGACAACGCAGGGAAUCUAUUCGUCGUCGAUGUACCUUACGGCCGCAUCCUCAAAAUUGAUGCUCACAAAGAGGUGAAAGUGUGCGCCACGUGGGAUGGGGAGCCAAAUGGCUUGGCUGCAACUCCAGAUGGCCAGUUAGUGGUGGCAGAUUAUAAACAGGGCAUUAUGAUUUGCGACCCCGCGACGGGCUCGAUCAAGCCGUACAUGACACGUCGACAUCUUGAGAGAUUCAAAGGGCCCAACGACCUCAUUGUCGACUCCAAGGGUAACGUCUACUUCACCGACCAAGGUCAAACAGGCGUAACAGACCAGAGUGGGAAGGUGUACCGUCUAAGCCCCAGCGGCAAGCUUGAUCAGCUCGUAGAUAAUGGUGUCUCGCCAAACGGUCUGGUCCUCUCCCUCGAUGAGAAGGUCCUCUUUGUGGCAAUGACCAGGGCCAACCAGGUUUGGCGCCUACCACUCCACAGCGAUGGCACCACAACCAAGGCCGGCGUCUUUUUCUACUCAUUCGGCACGGCAGGACCGGAUGGCUUGGCUCUUGAUGAAGAGGGCAACCUGUUCAUCUGCCAUCCUAGCCUUGGCUCGAUCUUUGUGGUCGAUCCGAGCGGCGUGCCAAAGGCUCGGAUCAUUAGUGGGACAAACGGCGUGAACCUGACCAACUGUUGUUUCGGUGGGCCGGAGCACAAAACCCUGUACAUCACAGAUAGUCUUGAAGGCUGUAUACAGAAGGUAGAGUGGCAUUGUAGAGGAGCGGUUGCUGCACCUCGGAUACAUCUGUGA